AUAAUAUCUUCUCAUGACUAGACGUGCAAAGAGGCUUAAUUGCUAUAUUAAACUUAAGUUUACAAAGGAAUAUAUAGAAGAUAGAAGAGCAGACAUGAAUAUUUUCAUGAGCAAUAUACAUACACUAUUUUUUACUAAGUUUCUCGUAUGUUAUAAUGAGAAAUAACUUAUGAUUCCACAAAAAAGACAUUUAGGUAUAAUUGUAAUAUUUUAUUUAAUCAAAAGAACAAAGCUUGUAACGCAAAAAGUAGACGAGAAUUAUCAUACUUUAUAGAUAUAUUGAACCGUAUUAUAGACAAAGUUUUUGUAAAAGGUCUAUUAUACAAUACAUGGAACUUCUGAUAAACAUGUGGAGAGAUUAUUCUGUUGAUUUAUGAUAUAAUUUGAAGUGAAAUAUAAUUUGAACAGCUUGAAAAGUAGAGGCAGUGACGUUUUUAAAAUGGAAAUCAGUACCUCGCUUGCGCCCAUUAGAACAGUACAUUCAAAAUGGCGUUUAAUAUGUCCGCUUUUUCUUAUAUCAUAGCGUUAAUUAUUGACGCCUUUUUAAUAUUCUUUUCCAUAUUUCACAUAAUCGCAUUUGACGAACUCAGGACAGAAUGGAAAAAUCCCAUUGAUCAAUGCAAUAGUUUAAACCCUCUUGUUCUCCCAGAGUAUGGCCUGCACAUUUUGUCAAAUCUGCUAUUCUUGAUAAGUGGAGAAUGGCUUUCACUAUUUUUAAAUAUUCCAUUAAUUGCGUACCACAUAAAUAGGUACCUUAAUAGGCCCGUCAUGACUGGUCCAGGAUUAUAUGAUCCUACAAGUAUUAUGAAUGCAAAUGAUUUAACAAGAUGUCAAAGGGAAGGAUGGAUUAAAAUGGCUUUUUAUCUCAUCUCAUUUUUCUACUACCUCUAUGGAAUGAUCAGUUCUCUCAUUCACUGAGACUACAAUGUCCUAAAAACUUACUAAAGAUCUUCGCAAGCUGCAUCCAGUCUGGGAUUAUGUCAAGGUGGAUUCAUACAUUUGCACCAUUGGUGUACUGUACCGUAUGAAAAAAUAGUCUGACAAAAAGGUUUAAGUCAAGAAUAAAUUAUAGUUCUAACAAUCCAACAGAAAUAUCUAAGGAAGUUUUACUUCUUUAGAAAGACCAUGUAACAAAUGGGAAGUUAAUUGUAUCCAAGUAUUUAUUAGGUAACUCCAUCGUAUCGAUGUAUUACUAAUGUUAUUUUAGUUUCUGAAUGUCCAAGAAUACUUCAUUGAGUUGACCUUGUUGUGUACGACAUGCGAGUACGAGGAACUUCGAACAAAUUUUUUUCUACGUUUAUUUGAACUGAACGGACGUACUUUUUAAUGAGGUGUUAGCAAAAAUCCAAUGCCAUGCCGACUGUACGUUUUAUAUUUUCAUAUAAUAAACGAGAUUGCAGUUGGAAAAAGGA